AAAAUCAGCCUACCAGCACCUCUAAACAUCACUAAUAAAUAUAGUAUUUCUUGUUUGUUUAACUAUACAAAAUACUGACGUGUAAAAACGCUGACUGAAAUUUCUCCAUAAUAUUGUUACUCUCUAAGAAGGACGAGAGCUGAGAAUAGAUCAUUUUUUCCACGACUUUAUAUAGAAAUGGCAACUUAGAAAAAAUUAUUUAGAACAGUUAGAUCAAGGUUAGGCUUUUUAAUAAUGGGAUGUACUACUGCAUGUUUAAAGCAUAUGGGAACAGAACCAUUAGCUAGACUGCUGUUUAGGAUGCAGGAAAUUGCAGGACCAACAGUGUCGAACACUUCCUUCUACAGGCAAGUAGGAACAAUGUCCAGGGGACAAGGAGUCGGCUUAGUGUGUGAGACUAUGUCUUUAACAUGAACAAGAGACACAGGCUCCAACUUGCUUAGGAUAGUAGAGCAAGGACAGAGGGCUCGUAGGGAGGAGGUGAAAAAGUUUAGGAAUUCAUCACACGUGACUGGUUGGUACAGAGCAAGCAGUAGCAGCAGGGUUAAGGACUGUAUUUAUUGUGUCAAAUAGUACUUUUGGAGAGUGGGAAUAGUGGAUGUUUUUUAUCAUCCACACUGAUUUUACCUCAGGAUCUCUGAUCAGCUCAGUUGUUAUAUCAGCACUGAAACUCAUCUGUGUCUUUUCUAUAUUUGACUUGAAUAAUAUAGAUCUUUGCUAUACAACCAUGAGGGAUAAAAACAACACCUCUCACCUUCCAGCCUGGGGAAUUGUUUGUUUUAGACAGUGAAAGGUUAAUGAGAAAGUUAAAAGAAGUCCACUCUACAAUCUGGAAACCUCCUGUAAUGUGUGUCCUCAUCUCCAUUAAUCUCAGUGUGUCCAAACCAAUAAAACUGCCAUUGGGAGGUGAAGAAAGCACAUCUCAAAUAGAAUCCACAGUCUAAAUCAUCAAGGACACACAAUAUUCCUAUUUUGGCAGUGUGUUCCCCGGUUAGUGAGAAGGGAAGGUGGGAGGAUAUAACUCCCAUCCUCGUGAGCUUGAUCCAUUCAAAACAAGCGAUUGUGAAAGGAAUGACCACACAGGCACUCAAACAGACAGUGCAGUAUGUUGGUUGUGGAAGUCGUCUACUGUGGAGCAUUGAUGCUCUGCUGGACCAGGCUCUGUGUGGCCCUGCAGGUCUCACGUGGACAGCAACUGAUCCCAGCCCACGGCCCCACAAUGACAGGAGACCACCACACAACGAGCCCCACAGAGGCCGGAGAUGGUUUGGAAAUUAAAAAUGCAGAGCACACCUUCCCAUCAACAGAGACCUCAUCAGCGUCCACAGUUUCUCAUCUUGUCCCUCACCAUGCACCGUGCUUUGUGCACGACAUAUUCGCAGUGUUGUAUGAAGAUGUGGGGAACGAUGGUGAACUCACAAACUCCAAUUUGGCUUUGUUUGGAAUCUGCACAGUAUCUGAUAAUUCAUCAGGAUCGGUCUUAUUAGAGCUUGCUAAGGCAACGAGAACCAACCAGAGAAAUGGGUUGGAGGUGUUGCAUCCAGCUGAAGUGCUCUUGGCAGAGGAAGAUGAGAGAGGAAUACUAAAGUUCACCUUUGACCUCCCUCCGUCUCCUUUGCUCAAGCUGAAGCCUGUGCUGCUCUUGGCGUUUGAAAGUCCCUUCACUGGAAGAAACCUGGACAUCACUUUCACUAGUCAGUCGCUGCAUCCUAACACACAGUCUGUGUGCAUUUCAGGAGAAACACAGUACAUAAUGCUGACAGGAAAAGCAUCAGAGGGCGACGUUCACCAGAAAUGGAGGAUUUCUGUUGAAACAAAAUCCUCUGAUAUGAAACAAAACCUAAAAGACAUCCUUAUUGGUGGAAAAUCAGGAAGUAACAUCAGCAUGACUCCACUUCUGCUUUUCUCUGGGGAAACAGGAACUGAUACAAGAUAUGCACAUGUUUCAGGUUCCUCCCCGGCCUCUUCGCAGACCUCCUCCUUCCUCUGUGAGCUGAAGCGGUUCCUGGGUGAUGUCCUGCCUCAGGACCAGCUUGAGUCCCCUCCGCUCCAGCUGGACUCCUUACAGUCCCUGCCUCCCCUGACACUAGGCUUAUCCUCCAGCGAGACCCUGCUGGCAGGACUGAUCAACUCCUCGGCCCCCACCAUCUUCUCCUUCGCUAGCUGGGGCUCCAUGUUUCAGAUACAUCAUGGAGAGUUGGCCCUGUCUCCUGCACUGUUGGAGGAAAUCAGGCAGAGGUUGGAGCAGACUGUGAUGCAGAUAAUGGAGGUAAUAAGGGAGGAGGAGGUGGGUCACAGAGCCACGGAGAGGCUGGGGAGGCUCAAAGAACUCAGUGUGUUUCCAACGAAGGAACCGGCAGCAGGAGAGAGCCAGUACCGUGCAUUUCUUCUGCUGAAGGGCCUGCAGACGGUGGCCCGAGCGUAUGAGGUGCAGAGAGGACUGCGGGCUACCAGAGCUGGCCCCAACAACCCAGUGAGGGGCAACGUAUGUGGGCUGAGGAGCCUCACUGUGUCCCUUGAAAGGCGUCUUGUGGGUCCAAACACUGCCAACAUCAAUAACUGCCAUGGCUCUUGUGCUUUCCCCCUGGUCAAUGCCAACAACCAUGCCGUCCUGCUCAACUCCCACAUCGAGAGUGAGAAUGUGGACGAGCGGGCGCCGUGCUGUGUGCCUGUGGCCUAUGAAGCCCUGGAGGUGGUGGACUUGAACCAACAUGGGACUUACCUCUCCAUUAAACCAGAUAUGGUGGCGAAGGAGUGCGGAUGCCGUUAAAGCUGUUUUCUUCUUGGAGUGUGACACAAAAGAUAUUUUACAUGUGUGGUUUAACAGUCACCGACCAUAGUUUGGUGGAGGAAAAGUGUCACUUAAUUGUUACUUAACUGUCAUUUAUUUAUUCACACAGUGUUAAUACACAGGAUAUAAAUGCACAUGUUAAUUCACAGAAGUCUCUUUAGGCUAUAUACUUUCACAUAUAUAGACAUAUUAUUUGCAGUAGAUGCACACAGCACAGUGUUUCUCACACUGAGAAAUCAAAUU